AUGGAGCAACAACGGCCACCUUCGCAAAAGUUCGGGCCCGCCGCCCUGACAAAUGUGCUGAACUCACCUGAAGACCACAGAGACUCUGCCUACUACUCAAGCGGAGAUGUGUCUAGCAAGCACAACUCCACAGGCUCAGGCCUGGGCGUCCUUAGCCCACCAAACUCCGGUUUCCAAACCUCGCCCGUUGAUAAAACACCAUCGCCCACAACAGCGACCCACCUCCUCCCGCUGCCACUCGUGUCUCCGACGAACAGUAAUAUGAGCGUUGCCUCGAUCGUGUCGCCGACAACCCCUCUCAGCGCCGACCCUCGCCGCUUUGACCGUCCGCAAUCGCUGGAGUCGGCCCCCAACAGCGCCACAUUUGGCCAUGGCGAGCUGCCGGAGCCUAGUAUGUCACGGAGGGAGAGCGUGGAUAGCAGGUUCAACCAGGGAUUCGGGCAAUUGGGAUUGAGCGGGUCCCCCUAUGCAAGCCACAACCAGUCGACGUCGUCAAUCCAGAAUACACUACAGCAACAGAGACAUCCUCGUGCCAACCUCGAUUCUCUUGCUACAAACCGCAUCUCCAAUGGGUAUCAACCAAACGCAGAACGCAAACCCGAAGUUCAUCCCCGAGGAGGAAGAGUUGCGCCAACCAUCACAGGGCCAACCACCAGUCUCAUUGCUCGAGCAGCAGAGCCUACUAAGGGUCAGGCCUGGGCUUUUCCCGAAGAUGACAAUGCUAUUCAACGCAUGUCGGGACCACCUCAGUCCCUGGCAAACUCGAGGAGAAGCAGCGUUGCCGAAUCGUUGGCCAGCAGCCAAUACACAGUUGAUUCAAGGCUGCCUCCUGGACAACGUCGACUCGAAGACCACCACAGCAUGACGGAAUACCAGAGGCUUUCGGUCGCCUCGGAGUACUCGACAACCCACCAUCACUCUCUGCAGCACAAGCAGUUGUCUGAUUUGCAGAAUGAAGAAGGCGGUCUUCAUGCGGGCAGCCAGCCGUAUAGCAGGACCCCCGAGCUUCGUAUCACCCAUAAGCUGGCUGAGCGGAAACGUCGUACGGAGAUGAAGGAGCUUUUUGAGCAGCUUAGGGAUCUUAUGCCUCAAGAGCGGGGCACCAAGGCUUCCAAGUGGGAGAUUCUCACCAAAGGUUGGUUUGUUUUCGGAACCAUGUGUCUUUUUACCAACACGAUUAGAGAUCUUCAGUCACAUGUUCAGCAGCUUGCCGAGGAGGUAACCAAGCGCGAUGCGCAGAUGGAGGAUAUGAGACGUCAGAUUCAGGAGCUUCAGUACCGCCAGAGUCACUCAAUGCAAGGCCCUCCUCCGCCUGGGUCGGAGCACUACGCGAAUGACCAAUAUGCCAGAGCCCGGCAACAAGCCGAGCUGCCGCCACUUCGGUCUUUCGAUGGGCCAACCAAUGGCGCAGGCCCUGAGGCUAUGACGGGCGUGCAGUACGAAGGUCCACGACCAAAUGGCACUACCGUUUACACACGCGCACCAGGGGCGCCUUUCCCCAGAUAA